AUGUCGCUAUCCGCAGCGCCCUCUGGUCAAGGACCAUAUGCAAACCGUCCUAGCCCGGCUCGGGGCUUUUUCAAGAUUGGACGUCUUGGACGGCUAUGUCUUCCCGUGGCGGCUGUCAUAGGCAUCGGCGUCGGUAUAUCGAACUACCUUGACGGUCAACGACUUCAGAGGGAAUCCUUUCUCAUCCAAGAAGAGGAACGUCUACAGCGAAAUGCCCAGCUGAUGGACGCGUAUGGCGACAAGGACAGCUUGGAAGAUAUUCAACGUGCGCUGGAACACUACAAGGACAUUUCUUCCUCUCUGACAGAGAAAAUAGAAAAUAUUCAAGAAUCCCGCGAGAUCGCAGCGCUCUACGCGGUAUGGUACUCUCGUAGGCAGUUGGAUGCUGAUGCUCUACACGACCUCAAGUCUCUCUUUCCCAAAGCGACGGCAGCCGGGAUCCCUACGGAAGAGGUGUUCCAAGGAGAGAAGAAAUGGUUCCUACGAGUGGAUUAUUGCAGCGCCAAGGACAGUGAAGCGGGUCAUUCUAUCGUCGAGAAUGUCGAAGAUAUAAUCGAUCGUCUAUAUACAUCCAUGAGAGCCGUUCGCGCUAUUCGUGAUGUCCUGGAGGAAGAUCCUCUCGAGAAGCCCAAAAUUAUCUUGAUGCCUUUCAAUCCAGCCAUGAAUCCCUCACGAGAAAGUCGCGUCUUUCAAGACCCGCCGCUAUUUCUCAGUACCGUUGAAAUCAUGAAACAUGCUGCGCAGCUUAGUGACCGUCGAGUGCUCGACACGAUGAAGGAAGGGUUUACAUUCGACAUAUUGAGGACACCUUCUGGCCAGAUACAACUGGUAGAAAUCAAUCCAUUCGGUGCAAUUGGCGGGUGCGGGAGCUGUCUCUUCCAGUGGAUCGAUGAUGGGAGACAGCUCUACGGAUUAGAAUCAGAAGUGGAGUUGCGAUACACCGUUUUGGACAGAUGA